AUGGCGUCCACGGUACUACCAGCCAAGGGUAUGUGUUUCUCGAACCGCCUUGUAGCCCAAGGGAACUUGGUGCUCCGUGACGUUGCGGUGCCACUCGAAGCAGUCGGCGUCCACGUCCUUCAUGUCUCCAUUUAUCGUCUCCCGCCGUAUGUCACGGAGGAAGCCGUCGUGCAAGCCAUCGCCCCGUUCGGAAAAGUAAAGUCCAUCACGUACGUGUCGUACCGAGACCGUCCCGACAUUCUCACAGGAACGAGGGUGGUCAAGGUGGAAAUGGCGAAGCCCAUACCAAACUUCAUCACCAUCCAAGGGCACCGUGUAAUGGUGGAUUAUCGUGGACUGCGACGUGUGUGCAGCCGUUGCGGACAGGAAGGGCACAUCGGGCCAGCCUGCAAGACCGCACGCUGCGAACGUUGCGCCGUUUUCGGGCAUCCAACAGCGGGCUGCACCGCCCCUUGUUUGCGGUGCGGUCACGCCCACGCAACAGCGGACUGUACCCAGCGUAGGUCAUACGCCGCUGUGGCCCACCCAGCGGGAGCCUCUCGACCCCACCAGCCAUCGCAGGGUGCCGCAGGCAAGAGCCCCCUUGUUUCUGAGGAGCUCAGCGACAAUUUGGACCCCUCCAUCCGUCUGCGGGAUCGUCCACUGGCCCCAAGUGACACGCCCUCCGGUGACUCAUCGAGUGAGUUUUCCUCUGUCACCUCUACCGCCGUCAAGUCGCCCGAUGUGUUUUCUAUGGAAACCCCUGUGCAAGCCAUCGUCAAAGCGCAAGUCACCGCCGCGACGCCUCCCACUGCCCCAGCGCAAGUCACCGCCGCGACGCCUCCCACUGCCCCAGCGCAAGUCACCGCCGCGACGCCCACCAUCGCCCCAGCGCAAGUCACCGCCGCGACGCCCACCAUCGCCCCAGCGCAAGCUGCCGGCGCGGCGCUCCCCGUCGUUCCGACGCAAGAUGACGCUGCGGCGUCUCCCGACGGUCUCGACUUCCAGGAGAGUGAUGUGGCCGACUCGAGUCAUAGCCCCGGUCGCCUGGUCAUCUCCGACGACACGGACCUAACCCCAGGCCAACGAGAGCCUUCCGCCCGUUCUGAGCUGUCGCCGUCAACACAACGUGAGUCGUCCAAGUUUUCUUCUUCUGACGAAGGCGAGGACCGUGGUGAUGCGAAACGAACUUUUCCGAGCACUAGCAGCGGCUCGGACGGGCCCAUCGCGUCCACCGUCAAGAAAAAGCGUUCCGAGCCUCAUGACUCGGACGAGGACUACAGCCUCACGUUUUAGCCUAUCCCGUGACCAUGCCGGUUUGUUCUUAUUUCUUUCUUUUUCUGGGCCUGCACGUGAUUACCCUAAACGUUCAGGGUUUUCGCUCCCCCAACAAACAACGUGAGGUUGUACAUUUCGCUCAGGCGCAACAUUGCGAUCUGCUUU